UGUCCACCAGCACUGCACAUACAGCAGAUUCGUGCAAAACGUGUCCCCAACAGUACGCUCCUCUCCAACACACGCGCCUCUGACUUACAAGCGGCCAAUCACUUGCGCUUGACCUUCGCUCGCCGCCUCACCCAUCGCCGUUCGGACGACAACGUCAUGUCCUUCCCGCAGCCCUAUGUGCCUCUCGCCUCGAGCGUCGCGCACCACCUCGUGCAGUGGGAAGUGCCACACGUAGUGCGCGUCAGCUUCCACCGCAAACCGGUCAACGCUCUGAGCGAAGCGCUGUGGCGCGAGACACAGCGCAUCUUCGACCACCUCCACUCCGACGGCGACGUGCGCGCUGUCGUGCUCUCCGGCGAGGGGAGGUGCUUUACCGCUGGGCUGGACCUGUUCGAUGCGAACCUCGGAGAAAUCAUGGAGGCCGGCAGCGAUGUUGCGCGUAAAGCCUUCCUCAUGCGCCAACAUGUUCAAGACUUCCAGGCUGCCAUUUCCUCCAUAGAAAAAUGUGAAAAGCCCGUGAUUGGCGCAGCGCACUCGAUCUCGAUAGGCGGCGCGAUCGAUAUCCUGUGCGCAUGCGACGUGCGCUACUGCUCCACCGACGUCGUCUUCAGUAUCAAAGAAGUGGACGUGGGCCUUGCGGCGGAUCUGGGAACGCUGCAGCGCUUUCCUAAGAUCGUCGGCAACGAUUCCCGAUCACGCGAGCUCGCGUUCACCGCGCGAAACUUCGACGCCAAGGAGGCGCAGGAGAUCGGGUUCGUCAGCAAGAUUGUAGACGGGGGACAAAAGGGCGUCGUCGCCGAGGCGAUCAAGACGGCGGCGCUGAUCGCGACAAAGUCGCCUGUGGCGGUACGCAGCACGAAGGCACUGAUGGUCUACUCGCGUGAUCACAGCGUCGAAGAGGGGCUACGUUACACGAGUAUCUGGAACGCGGCGAUGCUCCAGUCGGAAGACCUCCUCGCCGCUAUGGCUGCUGCGAUGCAAAAGACGACGGCGACGUUUGCGAAGUUGUAGCCCCUUCACUCGGCAUUUUGUUGUUCUUCUCUUUGUCAGCGUCGAGCGAGGCAGUCUACUGCGUCCCCUCUGCCUCUUUCCUUGCACAAGAGUGGUGCUGAAGGAGCAAGAGUUGCAGUUGCAGCAGGGCGGGC